AUGAGGGUCCCCGCUGCCCUCACAGGCUGGGCUUGUGCAGCUCUCUGCCUGGCUUCCUGCUCAACUGCCUUUUCUCAUGGUGCCGGCUCAGUGGCCUGUCAGGACAUGCAGCCCAAGCACCUUCAAGCCCAGCCUCAGAACCCCGGCACACACCACAUCACCAUUCACACAAGCAGAUCUUCCUACUUACCGGGAGACAUCGUUCCAGUGACCGUGAGAAGCAGUCGGGAUUUCAUGGGAUUUCUACUACAGGCUCGAAGAGUCUCUGAUCAUCAAAUAGCUGGCACUUUUGUUUCCAUCCCUCCUCAUUCCAAACCGAUGGCUUGUUUUCAAGAGGCUGACACAGUCACCCACUCUGACAAGUCCCGGAAGAGAAACCUGGCCUUCGAGUGGCAGGCUCCUGCCCAGCCUGUGGGGGAUAUUAGAUUCCUUUUAUCAGUGGUCCAGUCAUAUUUCGUUUACUGGGAGAGGAUUGAAUCCCCUGUGAUGUCUCAACAGACACGCAACAGAGCCCAUCGUGAUGGCCCCGUGCAGCCCAGCUCACCGAUGCCAACCCCUGGGUGGAGGCCAGAGGGAACGGAAGGAAUCGCCCCAGCUCCCAGUCCCCCCACCACUCUUCCCCAGCAACGUGCAGACAUCUUUGCUGUUGCCCUAACUGGAGCUACAGAGGAGAACAGCUUAGAUUCUUCUCCUGCCAGUUUUUGGGUGAUGGAAUUUCCUGGGGGCACAGAGACUCUGUUGCAAUCAUCCUCACACACAGCUACUGCAAUCAGCAAUGGCCAGCAACCCAGAGGGGACAGCAGCCCAACCCUAGAACCAUCCUUGGAUGUCCGUGGGCUGGAGAGACUCAUGGCUCCUGGGAGAUUCUCCUCAGAGGGCAUUGCUUCCAGCUCUAGCACCUACUUCAGGACUCAGGAUGAUCCAAGCUUUGGUUCAUUGGAAACUUGCCUGCCCUCGGAUAGGGAUGAACAGGACAAGAUGGAAUCCUCUAAUAGGACUGUGAUGAGGUCCCAUCUGUCCACUGUCCAUCUUACCUAUCCUCGGCAUUUCUGGUCCUCUGAAACAUUCACUGGGAGUGAGGCUAGGGCAGCCACCUCAACCCCUGUCUUCCACACUUCUGCCACUUCUAGGCCACCUGCUGCAGGCAGCCAGUCAGAAGCAUCUAGGCCUUCUGCCAGCUUCUUACCUCAGUCAAAGUACAAGGAGCCCAGAGUGGGGGAGGGAAAUGGAAGGGGCAGAGGGGGAUACCCCAGGAAGCCCAACCCAAGGCCUGAGGUUGAGCAAGAGGGACACAGUGCCCCUUUGGGGCUCCAGCUCAGGACUUCCCAGCUGGGAAUCCUGCUUUGCCUUUCAGCCACCUUGGGCAUGGCCCUGGCUGCUGGCCUUCGCUACCUGCAUGCCCAAUAUUGCCACACUCAGACGGAAGUAUCCUUCAGUGAGCCUGCUGGGGAUGCUAUUACCAGCAGCGACGGAGGCGAGACUGUGCAUGUCAGGAAGAUCGGGGAAAACAGUUUUGUUUCAGUUGAAGUGGAAUACAACUGGAUCACUUCCUCUGUGGGUAGUGAGAAAACAGUCCUCUGA